UUACGACAAUUCAAUAUGUUUGAAACGGUCUGCUAUAAAAGGCUCGCACUUUUGAAGUUUCACUGCAAUCGCCAAAUACUCGUCUAUACACAAACAGACAAUCACUCAACAAUGAAGUCAGUUAUCCUGUUCGCACUCUUCGGCGCCGCAAUGGCCAUUGGUAAAGGCGGUUAUGGAUACGGUGGCGGCUACGGCGGCGGAUACGGAGGUGGAUAUGGAGGUGGCUAUGGAGGCGGCAUGGGUGGAGGCACCGGGGGAGGUGUAGUCAUUGUGUCUGGCGGUGGAGGCGGAAUUGGAGGCGGUGUCGGCGGAGGAAUUGGAGGAGGAUACGGAGGCGGAUACGGUGGCGGAUACGGUGGUGGAUACGGAGGCGGUAUGGGAGGAGGAAAAUAUGGCGGUGGCAUCGGUGGCGGAUAUGGCGGUGGAUACGGCGGUGGUUACGGCGGUGGAUACGGAGGCGGCAUGGGAGGUGGCACCGGAGGAGGAGUUGUCAUCGUAUCUGGCGGCGGAAGUGCCGGUGGUAUUGGAGGCGGAGUAGGAGGCGGUUAUGGUGGCGGCUAUGGUGGUGGCUAUGGCGGCGGCUAUGGCGGCGGUAUGGGAGGUAAAUACGGAGGCGGUAUUGGAGGUGGAUACGGAGGUGGCUAUGGUGGAGGUUACGGAGGCGGUAUCGGCGGCGGUAUCGGCGGCGGUAUUGGAGGCGGUAUCGGAGGCGGAUAUGGAGGUGGAUACGGUGGUGGUUACGGAGGUGGUAUGGGAGGAGGUGUUAUCAAAAUUGUCACCGGCGGUGGUAUGGGAGGCGGAUACGGCGGCGGAUACGGAGGUGGUUAUGGUGGAGGAUACGGAGGUGGCAUGGGCGGCGGCUACGGUAGCGGUUAUGGCGGUGGAUACGGAGGCGGAUACGGCGGCGGUGUAGGAGGCGGUGUAGGAGGCGGUGUUGCACUUACAAAAUCAUACUAAAAAGUUCUAAGACCGUCCGACAAAGUAAUACGAAAUAAAGUCGACCAUGAUUUGCUGAUGUAAUACGACAUCUCACUAUCCCGACGGAAUGCCGACAGGACCGUUUUACCGACGAGAUCUAUAUUUUGUAAACGCUUAGUUGUUAGUUUUUAUAUAAUACCCUUGUUUCAUGAUUAAUUUUUGCUGUUUGUGUAUGGAAACCUUUGCUUCAAUGUAAUAAAGCAUUAAAAAUCUCA